AUGAAGUAUAAAGUCCCCGAAGUAGAGGAAUACCCCGAAACCGACGAAACGACAGAAGCCCAAAAACGCAAACGAGAUGCUAGCGGCCUUGAAUACCUCUCAGCAACCUCGGGACGAGGUCCCGACUUUGGUGAUGAAAAGCAGCCCCCGAGCAAGACAGCCAAGACGUCUAAAGUGCCUGUGGAGGAAGACAGCAUAGACGAAGAGGAUGAAGAAGACGAUUUCGAAGACGACUAUGAGAGAAGCCAAGGAAGUGACGACGAGGGACAAGAAGAGGACGUCGACGAGGUGGACGAAGACGAAGACAUCGAACCGGACGAGGAAGAAAACGACGAAAGACGCGAAGAAGACGUCAUAGACGAAGCGAAAGUGCAGAGGGUUAUUGAGCGGUUCGGAAGGGCUCCUCUUGAUGGUACGGCGAUGGCGGAGAAGCCGCUCCGGGCGUCUGCGGACAUCGUGCUCGCGAUGGUUAUUGAUGCGAUGUUGAAGUCGAGGCCGAUCUCGCGUGAUUUGUCGCAGCGAGCUGUCAAUAAAGUGAUUGAGGUGGGAUAUCAGGAUAUCCGGAAGUUAGGGGAGAGUAGCUGGGAGGAGAGAACAGGGGUGCUACAGGAUGGGGGAUAUAAUCGGUACAGAGAACAAGGUGCGACGAAUUUAGGAGAAUUGGCACAUUUAGUCAAUGAGAGAUAUGAUGGAGACCUGAACAAUCUCUGGGAGGAGGCCCAUCACGACCGAGCUAGAACGCGGGAAUUGAUUAAAGAAAUCAAAGGACUCGGUGAUCUGGGAGUUGAUCUUUUUUUUAACAAUGUCCAGAGUGUUUGGUCUGAUAUUGCACCUUUUGUCGAUACACGAAGCCUGCAAACGGCUGAGCAGGUUGGGAUCGGCACGGAUCUGGAUGCAAUUUUCGCGGAUUUAGACAGAGAUUCCAUGAAAAUGAGCAGACUCGCCAAUGGGUUGUCUGCAGCUAGACUGGAGAAGCAACAGGGGGAGCUCUUGGGCGUGUGA